UGUUUUUGAGACAGGACACAUUCCCCAGGAAAGUCUGUCUAUACUGUGCUGGCUGGUGCCAGGUAUGACUGGCUACAGGGAGAGUUAGUGGUUCCCAGUGUAGGGCCACCCAAGCAAACUGGGAGUUCUGUUGGAGAAAAGGCAAGAAUGCAUAUUGGGAGGCAACUCAUGGCGUCCGCCAGCCUGCUCUUCUAGGUGGUACACUGUGAGGGUGGCAGAGUGGAGUUGAUUUAGAAAGUGAAGUGUGUUACAAGUGUAGCAUGUGCUCUGGGCUCUCAGAAAAGAGGAAAGGCAGGAUGGGGCUGGGGAGACGGGUAAGGAGAGCAGUGGGUCCUCAGAGAUCAGGACGUGCCGGCUGUGAUGCGGCGCCCAUCCUGCUUCCCUGCGUUGAAAUACAAGGGGUGCGAGGGGGGAGCACGGGCUUAGGAUGUGGUUCAGUCUGAGUCUCCACUCCCUCAUCUGUAAAGUGGAGCUUACAACCUGGAGGCUUCAGCGAGUCGAUAUCUGCUGGCCCGUAACACGUAACCGCUCUCAUUAGGACUUUGGUUCAACUUGAGAAUCGUAGGCAAGAGAAGGCCAGGAGACUCUGGCCUGCAGCUCCCAUGGCCAGAGCUCCUCCUGGGAAGGCUUGUUUGAGUGAGUGUCAUUUGUGUGACCAGAUCACACUGAGGCAGCAAUUCUGAGUUUUCCACCAUGACACGCAUGACGGGUGACACACAUAUGCUGGACCCAUGCCCCAGCAUCCUGUCUGUAACUGCCCCCAGAAUGGGGGUGUGGGUGGUGUGUGAGUGAGAUUGAUGAUGCAUUAAUUUACCUUUUGAAAAGUGUAUAAUUGGCAACUUUAAUACUUUUUUAUUGGUAACAGAUUUUUGCCACACAUGUCAUAACUGCAACCCAUGGGGGCAGUCCCAACCCUGAGGCUGAGAGCUGCUUCCAUGCAAGGGUCUCCUUGCCACCAUCAGAGUUGCUGGUGAGCAGUGCCUCGGCUCUGGCCUCACUAUAAGUAGCCAGGUGUUCCAAGGUGUGAAUAGCUGAGGGACAUGAAUUGUAGUAUACUUCUCUUCUCAGGUACGUAUAGUAUAUAUGUAAAUAUAUACUAUAUUAAAAAAUAUUUUUUCCCACAAAGAGCUAGUGACUAAAAAUAUGUGAGUGUUAAAUAUUAUAUUGAGAGGGAAAACUCGUGAAAGCAUAUGGAAAAAAGUUUAAAUAGUUACUUCCUUUAUAAUCCUCAGCUCUUACUAGUUUAAGUAAUCCUGGUUUCUCCACCCCGGCACAGGGAAAAGGCCUCUUUUUCUCACCACAGCUCUGGGUCCCUCUCGCCAAAGCCUUUGCAGGGCACCAGGAUGGCUACUGGCCUAACACGUGGGGCUCAGGGCCCUUGCUGGCUUCCUCUCUUUUGGAAGGAGAUUUCUUAGAGCCCAUCAGAGGGGACCCCAAGGUCCCACCCGACACUGCGCCUCUGCCCCUUGCCACACAGAAAACAAGCCAGCGUGUGACUUGACUUGAGUUAAACUUAGAGGCCAGGAGCUGAGUGAGUAGAAGAGAAUCGUUUCUCUUUCCCUCCACUUCUGUCCGCACUUUCUCUUCAACAGUUUACGAUUUACAAAUACUUUUUCCUCGGUAAACGUUGGACAGCUUCCCCAAAACUUUUAAAACUGUCUCCAACUUGGCUCCUUCAGCAAAUGGGCCCCGCCAGGGCCUGUCUUUUCUACACCCAUAAAAUGUGAUUGCCUCUUGCUAGACCUGGGACUCCCUGUCCCCUAAAGGAACAGAGUUGGAUGGCAGCAAGGCCUCUGCCAAAUUGUGUGAGAACACGCGCAGGUGUUUAAGCCAAAAUCCAAGGAGGUUUCUUCCCAAACAGAACAGCCGGCAGGAAGCUCCCGAGCUAGAGGAGCCCUGAGCUCCCCACCCUGACGCUGUGCUCGUCACUCGAAAGAGCCUUAAUAAAACCCACCUCCCAAAGGGGCUGGGUGUUCUCGUGCCCACAGGGGCCCCGUGGGGGAGGCCUGGCCUGCAGCGCUCCAGUGGCCAGGGGACCAGGAUGGGUAGGCGGGGCCCCUAGCUCCUGGAGGCACAGCGCCUCGCCAGGCCCCUUCCUCCCUCCCUGCUGACAAGCGUCCCCGGCAGGCGCGCCAUGAAGUACACGCUGUGCAGUGACAACCAUGGCAUCAAGCCCCCCACCCCGGAGCAGUACCUGACCCCCCUGCAGCAGAAGGAGGUGUGCAUCCGGCAUCUGAAGGCCCGGCUGAAGGACACGCAGGACCGGCUCCAGGACCGGGACACGGAGAUCGAUGACCUGAAGAUGCAGCUGUCGCGCAUGCAGGAGGACUGGAUCGAGGAGGAGUGCCACCGCGUGGAGGCCCAGCUGGCCCUGAAGGAGGCCCGCAAGGAGAUCAAGCAGCUCAAGCAGGUCAUCGACACCGUCAAGAACAACCUGAUUGACAAGGACAAGGGGCUGCAGAAGUACUUUGUGGACAUCAACAUCCAGAACAAGAAGCUGGAGACGCUGCUGCACAGCAUGGAAGUGGCCCAGAACGGCUUCGCCAAGGAGGACGGCACCGCUGAGUCGGCCGGCGGGUCCCCCGCCCGCUCCCUUACCCGUAGCUCCACCUACACAAAGCUGAGCGACCCCGCUGUCUGCGGCGACCGCCUGCCGGGUGACCACCCAGGCGCCUCUGUGGAGGAUGGGGCUGACAGUGGCUUCGUGGUGACCGACGACACUCUGAGCCGGACGGAUGCACUGGAGGCCAGCAGCCUGCUGUCUUCGGGGGUGGACUGCGGCCCCGAGGAGGGCUCCUCGCUGCACGGCUCCUUCAGCCUGGGCCCCCGCUUCCCCGCCAGCAACACCUACGAGAAGCUGCUGUGCAGCACGGAGGCCGGCGUGCAGGCCAGCUGCAUGCAGGAGCGCGCCAUCCAGACGGACUUCGUGCAGUACCAGCCGGACCUGGACACCAUCCUGGAGAAAGUGACCAAGGCCCAGGUCUGCGGGACAGUCCCCAAGUCAGGGGACAGGUGCCCGGAGUCGGAUCCCCACCCCCUGGGGCCCAGAGACCCCAACUCUGCAGUGGUGGUGACGGUGGUCGACGAGCUCGAGGCCCCGGAGCCCAUCACGUGGGGGCCCACCCCACACCACCCUGGUGCCAACCCAAACCCCAGCCCGUCGGUGAGCGUGGCGUGCCCUGUGGAAGAGGAGGAGGAGGCGGCCGCAGCCGAGAAGGAGCCCAAGAGCUACUGGAGCCGCCACUACAUCGUGGAUCUGCUGGCGGUGGUGGUGCCGGCCGUGCCCACGGUGGCCUGGCUCUGCCGCUCCCAGCGGCGCCAGGGCCAGCCCAUUUACAACAUCAGCUCCCUGCUGCGGGGCUGCUGCACCGUGGCCUUGCACUCCAUCCGCAGGAUCAGCUGCCGCUCGCUGAGCCAGCAGGGCCCAAGCGCCAGCCCUGCUGCAGGCGGCAGCUCCCAGCUCUGAGGAGGCCCCAUCCCGGCCCGGCCUCCGGCGGCUCUGACUACCGAUUGUAGGGGUGCCGUCCUCCCUCUCGCACCUUCCCACGGGGCAUCAUCUUAUUUAUUUAGUUUGGGGUUUGGAGGUGGUGUUUUCAGAAUGGUGACAGUGUCAGGGGCUGGGAGUGGGGGUUGGGGGAAGGUGUCCCAAAGCUUCAACAGGAGAGAAGGGAAGAGAGACCAAGGGCAGGGAGGCACAAGGAUGGGACACACUGCAGAGAAAGAAGGUGGUGAGGCCCCCAACCUGGCCCCCCUGCCCACCUGGCCUCUCAUACAGGGCAGCCCCUGCUCAGGAAGUCUCUGGUGUGCUGAUCUGGGGAGGCCGGGCUUGACUUGUCUGCCAAGCCUCCCCGUCCCCCACCCCCAUGUCCUGUCCAGUUCCCUGCUCGCCCCAAGCCUUCUCUCCCAAGCUACCCCUUGCCCUCAGCCCAGGCUUCUGGGCCGGUAUUAUCUCCUCAGAUGGAGGCAGCUGCGACCCAAAGUACAGGCAGCUGACCGGGACUCCCAGCAGGUCUGGAACCACUUGGCCUGGGCUGAGCUCCAUCCCCUUCAGGCUGCUCCCCGCUUUGGGAUUUGGGAGCCGGUCAAGGCCAUGGGCUGGAGGAGGGAUGGUGAGGGGCAGAGAGCAGUGUGGGUUCUGUGUCUGUCUGCUCAUCCCAGGGCUUCCCCACAUCUGUUUUCCUCCUGGCGCUUCUGAGUGUGUCAGAUAAUUUUGUGAGAGCCAGACAGGCGAGUGCCGGGGUGUGAACGCUAGCCUGAGCCCAGCUCCUGUCUGGAGACGCUGCCAGCAGGAAAGGAGGAGGCUGGGGCUGGCAGCUUAAGGGGGCACCUCCAGCCUUCUGAGACAGGGCCCUGCAGCCUGGGAGGCAGGGCUGGACUCAGCGACCGCCAGCUGACUGCUCCAGGUUUGACUGCCAUGGAGCUGGCCCUAGUUUUCCCGGGGACCUUAGGACCAACUUCUGCUUUGCACUAUGUUCACUUUGGGGCUUGCUUCUCACACAUCCCAGGGUCUCCUGUGAGGUGGCUGCUUGCUUUCUAGGAUGAGGAUUCCUAAAUCUUACACCUUUCUGCCUCUGAGGGGAAUUGCAGCAGGAUGAAUGCCAAGAUGAGGUUUUGAAGCCAUGAUGUCUGUCCAGGCCUAAGCAGGGUGCCCUGGGAUGUUUCCCAGGUAGGGGGUGGAGUGGGGCUCCCAGCCCAAUCCCAGUCAGCCUGGGAGGGUUCACUGGCCCCCCUCCUUCCCCGGGACCACAUCUGGGUCCCCCUGCAAAGCUGCUGACAUUUUAUUAGCAUUAUUAUUUUACAGAGUAAGCCCAUUCCUCUUCCUCUGCAGGGCUUAUACCUGUCUCGUCAUCCAACCCACUCUUCAGAGUUAGGCCCUACACUGGGGUGGGGGGGUGUUGGUGGGGCCCUGUGUCUCACUCACCCCUCUGGCCUAGGGGCCACUCUGGUUCUGCCAAGGUUGCUUGCCCACCCCCGCUGCUCCGACAGCUGUUGCCUGACGCAUGGGCUCUGCCCUUCCUCUCUGUGCCCCCUGCUUGAGGGGGGAUGCCUGCAUGCACUGGGGGUGGGCAGCCGGCCCAGCCAUCGGGGGGAGAGCCCCUCUGCCACGCGCUUUGUGCCUCCAAAGCUCCCCUUCCUCGCUUUGGGCCUCAGACCUGCCAUCCUUUGUGGAGCACCCCUCCACCCCAGUCGAACCAAACCCAAACUCUGGGGGCCGGGCUGGGCUGCCCCACAGGACCUGGGGGUCGUGACGUGGAGGGGCAGUGGGCAAACCCAAUCCAAAGCCAAGCCAGGACUGGCUGCGGACCCCGCCUCCCGUGCCGCGUACUCACGGAGCUGCGUGGUGUCUCCUUAGAAAUAGUCAAAAGCUUUGCCGAGAAAAUAAAUGUAUGACUAUUAUAUCUGACAACAUAAAAUCUAUAUAUUUUUCACCGCUGGAAUCUAGUCGAGCUGCGUAGCCCCUCUGCUCCUGUCUGCAUCUUGCUGUCUGUGGCCUUCCUACUGUGUCUUGUGUUUUGAUGGAUGUGGUCAGGGCCGGGGCCAUGGUCCGUUCUGUCCCUGAGGCUGGAGGAGCCACCCGUGAAGAGCGUGGACCGGGGACUGUGGACAAGGUGAGCAGAGCUGGCGCCGCCCUCUGCUCCUGCUGUGGCUCGAGACCUGCCUGUCUGGUCAGAGGGGGCUCCAGCCCACAGUGUUGGGGGUGCCUCUCUUUUGGGGGUUCUGGUGGGACCUUGACGGGCUUUGCCUCUUGUCCGUGGAGGAGGCAGCUCUCUGUUCCAGGCCUGGGACAGACGCUGGGACCGUGUCGGCCAGGCCCCGGCUCAUGCGAGUGUGUGCGUGUGUGUGCUCGGUAUCCUGCAUCUAUGCAAAAGGGGCAGAGCUGCCAGGGCAGCUCCCAGGGGUGGAGGCGGAGGCGCAGCCGCCCACGGGCUCAGGCUCCAAGGCCUGACUUCAGGACACAGGAUGUGGGGCCAGGAUGCAAGGCCAGGGCCCGGGGACCUCCUGCUGAGUGCUUAUCCUCCAAGGCUCCCCUUUUCCUUCCUGCUUAAUGCCACCUCCUGCUGGGCUGUGACCUUUCCCUUCCGCCCUCCGCUUCUGCAGCAGAAAUCUUUGGGGUCUCCCCUCUCCCCAGCCUCUGGCCAGAGCUGAUUAGAUCCUAAGGGACCAUGUUCUCAGGAACCACCUUCUGGAACUGCUGGUCCCUUGGAGUCCCACUGCCAGAAGUGGCUUCUCCUAAGUUAUAGGGUCCAGGCUCAAAGCAGAAAUCAGAGUCUGGGGCCGGGACUCUGCUCAGAGAGCUGGCCUCAAAUGGAGUUUAAUCCCAAAUAUCUCCCAAGGGGAUAACUUAGCUUUUCACUGAAUACCCUUCCCAGUCGCCACUAGCACAGGGGUAUCUGGCAGCACCUUGGGGGGUGGGGUGGGGGCAGAUGACAAGGUUCUGUAGGUAAAGGCCUACAGAGGGGCCUCUGCCCAGGGAACUCAUGACCCCCCUCUGACCUAGGAAUCAGUGCACACAAGUCACAGUGCACUGCUACGUUCAGCCAUGCCCCUGACAGAGAAUUCAGGGGAUACAGGAAGGGGGGAGGGGGGGAGGGGUCUUCACUUUUGUCUUCUUUGUCCUUUUGAUCAGACAGAGUUGUACCUA